UUCGGCCGCUUAAUUCUUAGGCCGUGCGAUGGUCACAUUAGCAAUACAAGCAAGGCGAAAAACUGGAGAAAAAUUGAAAAAAAUCUGUUUGUAAUUAAAUAUAUAGGUGGUACUUAGUCGGAGUGCCGAGUUUUGUUCUUGCUAAGCGGAUGGAUGCCUAAGACCAGGAUCUUUAGGAAAAGGUAAUACACAAAAAGACCCCAAAAUGACCCAAUAUCUGCCGCCGAAUCUGCUGGCGCUUUUCGCGGCCAGGGAACCUAUACCGUUUAUGCCGCCUGUGGACAAAUUGCCCCAUGAGAAGAAAUCCCGCGGCUACCUGGGAGUGGCUAAGUUUAUGGCCGACUUUGAGGACCCCAAGGACACACCGCUUCCGAAAACGGUGGAGACGCGUCAGGAGCGACUAGAACGGCGCCGGCGCGAGAAAGCUGAGCAGGUUGCCUACAAGCUGGAGAGGGAGAUAGCGUUGUGGGAUCCCACCGAGAUCAAGAACGCCACGGAGGACCCGUUUCGCACGCUCUUCAUUGCCCGCAUAAACUACGACACAUCCGAAUCCAAAUUGAGGCGGGAGUUUGAGUUUUACGGACCCAUAAAGAAAAUCGUCCUGAUCCACGACCAGGAGUCAGGUAAACCCAAAGGCUACGCCUUCAUCGAGUACGAGCACGAGCGGGACAUGCACGCCGCCUACAAGCACGCCGAUGGUAAGAAGAUCGACAGCAAGCGCGUUCUAGUAGACGUUGAGCGGGCUCGCACUGUCAAGGGUUGGCUGCCCCGACGCUUGGGCGGCGGUCUAGGCGGAACGCGUCGCGGUGGCAACGAUGUCAACAUCAAGCAUUCCGGCCGAGAGGACAAUGAACGGGAGCGCGAGAGGUACCGGCUAGAGCGAGAGCGUGAGGAUCGCGAGGGUCCCGGACGCGGUGGAGGCUCCAAUGGACUCGAUGCCCGGUCUGGACGCGGUUUCGGUGCAGAGCGGCGACGUUCACGCUCCAGGGAACGCCGCGAACGGGAACGAGAUCGUGGACGUGGCGCUGUGGCCAAUAGCGGUCGCUCGCGCAGCCGAUCCCGUGAGCGCAGAAAACGGCGAGCGGGAAGCCGGGAGCGGUACGACGAGUUCGACCGCAGGGAUCGGCGCGACAGGGAGCGUGAGCGAGAUCGCGAUCGGGAGCGCGAGAAGAAAAAGAAGCGCUCUAAAUCGCGCGAGCGGGAAUCCUCCAGGGAGCGACGCGAUCGAAAGCGAGAGCGUAGAGAUCGUGAACGUGGCGCCGGAGCUGGCGGCGAUGUCAAGGAGCGCAAGCCCGACUUCCGCGACAUGGACGUCAUCAAAAUCAAGGAAGAGCCCAUUGACGAUGGCUAUCCCACAUUUGACUACCAGAACGCGGCCAUUAAGCGUGAGGUCGACGACGAGAACGAGGAGAAGUACCGGCCUCCUCCAACAUCCCAUCACAAUAUGUUCAGUGUGCCGCCGCCGCCUAUUUUGGGACGUGGCAAUGCCAAUCAAAAUCCCAAUCCUGAUAAUGGCCAACAGAGCUCCACCGACCAGAGCUGGUGGCGUCAGUAAAGUGAGAGGGUCUUGGAGCAAUCUUUCGAGGUUAAUAAUUCUAGAAAUCAGCCUUCUGUUGGUCGCAACUAUUUAUUCAUUCGACUUGAGGCACAGCAAUCCUGGAGAGACUAAUCAUAACAAUCCACGGUUCCAUUUUACACAGAAAAUUUUAAGGUUUAGCUUGAAUAGGCCCCAAGCAAAACAACAGACCGCAAAACGCAGAAUCCACUAAUAUGUGCGUAGCUUAAAUCAUUUAAACUUAUAAGUAAUUCUUAACAAAUGAAUAUGAAAGAAAAGUAAGUAAAAUAAAGCUAGCCCUACA